CACUAGGGCACGAUUUGCAAUGUAACCCUCAUUCGUAUUCAUUAAUUCAAGUCCCGAUCAGCCCAAUCAAUCCCUAUACGGGUAAUUGCUGUCCUUUUCAGAGUUUGUCUAGUGACCACCGCCUCGAUUAGUGUCCUGGAAAAGCCUGGUUCCGACCAUGACAACCCUCUCCAUGACUCAAUCCGAGUGUAUCUGGCUUUCAGCCGCAUCCUGGUCCAGCCAGUGGCCUUCUCGAAAAGUGUUAGGUGUCUUUCGGAUAUCGCUCAAGUCAAGUCGAGUCGCUUAUAUAGUAGAAUCACCCCAGUUCAACCGCAUAAUUUUUUGUGGUCCUUCCUUAUCUCCCUAGAUUAAGACUUUCUUACUCCCUGUUGGGGAAUCAUUAAAUAUUUCUUGUUUCCCACGCAAUAUUCGGUUAAUUCUACCCAUGAUGGUACACGUCCUCCAGUUUCUCCUACUCCUGGUGGCCAGCUUGUCGGCCACUGUUGCCGCUGACGAUUCCACCACCGUUGUCCAAAUCCUGAACGGUCACUAUAACACCAUCGCCUUUGAUGAGCUGCGAGGCAGUGUCGUGGGUGGGGAUGCGCAGGCGACCACUUACGCCGUGAAUUGCAAAAAAGACUCUUCGUCAUGUCCGAUCACCGAACCUUUUACCAUCACCCAAGGCCCUUCCACCUUCACUAUGAGCGCGGUCUAUACUCUCAACACACUGGGCGCCAAGGGCACAGGUACACUUGUACAAGAUUGCGACAUCACCUCAUCAACAGCAACCGCCGUUUGCUCCGUUUCACUCGGGGUCCAAGCCGCGUACAAGGGACAAUCCACUUCGACUUCGUUUGCGACCAAGGCGACUGGAACCGGUUCUGCAGAGGUCCUCUAUGAGCCACUGACUAUUACGGCCGGCCUGGGCAACUUCAACAAAGCUGGCCCCACCGCCGCGACAUCGACUGGAGCCGCCGCAGAAACUCACCCAGCUCGCCUGGGUAUGGCUGGGGCUGCAGUCGCAGCGGUCGCAGGUGCUCUUGUCCUCUAAUUUAUGUUUAUUGGGUUCAACGUAUGUAUUGUGAAUCGAUUUUUUGGUGACGAUUAUGUAUGUAACUUUCUAGCUCAAUAAUACAUUAUAUACACUUAA